GCGCCGCGGAACCUUUGUCUCCUGGCGCCGGAUUCCGCAAGGCGCGUCUUAGCGUCGUGGUUUCCGGGCAGCUCUUUUCCGUUGCAUGCAGCGCUCUGUUGGCAAUUGUGGGCAGCGAUGGCCUCGCGGGUUUGGCGUCGACGGAUCCUGGACCGGUGUGUGAAGGAGGUCGGCAAAGCCACGGGGCAGCCCGAGUGUUUCCUCACGAUUCAAGAUGGAUUGGCAUCAAAUUUCACUUCUUUAACAAAAGUACUUUAUGACUUUCAUAAAAUACUAGCGAAUAAUAGUAGGAUCCAAGGGAGCCCUUUAAAAAAACUGAUAAUAGAGAAUUUUGAUGAUGAACAGAUUUGGCAACAACUAGAAUUGCAAAAUGAACCAGUUUUGCAGUACUUUCAGGAUACAGUUAGGGAAACUACUAAAGAUGAAAACAUCAGUCUCCUCCCAGAGAACGAAGAGGAAUGUGAAGAGGAUGGCUCAGAGAUGGACGUUGAUGGUCAAGAGGACCCAGAACAAGACUUGGAAGAGGAGGAAGUGUCAGACCUCGGUGGGGAUGAUCUUAAAGGGGUUGAGAGAGCCAAAAACUCAGGCAAAUUUGAUCUGAGGACAAGCCCGGCUUUCAGUGAUGAGGAUUCUGACCGUGACUUUGAUAUCAGCAGACUGGAACAGCAGAGCAAGGUGCAAAACAAAGUGCCUGGGAAACCAAGAGAAAAGUCCAUAGUAGAUGAUAAGUUCUUCAAACUAUCUGAAAUGGAGACCUUUUUAGAAAAAAUAGAAAAAGAAGAGGAACAAAAAGGUGAUGAUGAGGAGGAAGAAGUUGAUCUUUUUGAAGAUGUUGAUUCAGAUGAAGAUGAGGGAGAACUAUUUGGAAAUCAAAAACUUAAGUUAGGUAAAAGUUCCAGAAACUUGAAAUACAAAGAUUUCUUUGAUCCAGUUGAAAGUGAUGAAGAUGUAGCAAGUGAUCAUGAUGAGCUGGAUUCAGAUGAAGAAGAGGAAGAAAUUAAUGAAAAAGAUGAAGAAGAAGGCAUCUCUGAAUCGGAUGAAGAUAAUGACCUUGAAGAAAGUGAAGACAGGAAAAAACAUAAAGAAGGUUUGAAAAGAGUGACCUUUGCUUUGCCAGAUGAUGAAGAUGAGGAAGAUACUAAAGAUAGAAAUAUCUUAAAUGUAAAGAGAGGUUCUGAUGAAGUUAAAUCAUCUUUUGAACAAAGACAAGAAAAGAUGAAUGAAAAAAUUGCAUCUUUAGAAAAAGAAUUGUUGGAAAAAAAACCUUGGCAACUUCAAGGGGAAGUGACAGCACAGAAGAGACCAGAAAACAGCCUCCUAGAAGAGACCCUGCACUUUGACCAUGCAGUCCGGAUGGCACCUGUGAUCACAGAGGAAACUACCCUUCAACUAGAAGAUAUCAUUAAGCAGAGGAUAAGAGAUCAGGCUUGGGAUGAUGUUGUCCGUAAAGAAAAACCUAAGGAGGAUGCAUAUGAAUAUAAAAAGCGUUUAACAUUAGACCAUGAGAAGAGUAAAUUGAGCCUUGCUGAAAUUUAUGAACAAGAAUAUGUCAAACUCAGCCAGCAAAAAACAGCAGAAAAAGAAAAUCCAGAACAUGUAGAAAUACAGAAGAUGAUGGAUUCUCUCUUCUUAAAGUUGGAUGCCCUCUCAAACUUCCACUUCAUACCUAAACCUCCUGUACCAGAGAUUAAAGUUGUGUCGAAUCUGCCGGCCAUAACCAUGGAGGAAGUGGCCCCAGUGAGUGUUAGUGACGCAGCUCUCCUGGCCCCUGAGGAAAUCAAGGAAAAAAAUAAAGCUGGAGAUAUAAAAACAGAUGCUGAGAAAACAACUACUGAUAAGAAACGAGAACGACGGAAAAAGAAAUAUCAAAAGCAUAUGAAAAUAAAGGAGAAGGAAAAGAGGAGGAAACUGCUGCAAAAGAGCAAUCCAGAUGAGGCAGGGAAAUACAGCAAAGCAGUAGCAUCAGAGAAAUUAAAACAGCUGACCAAAGCAGGCAAAGCUUCCUUGUUAAAGGAUGAAGGUAAAGACAAGGUCUUAAAGUCUUCUCAAGCAUUCUUUUCUAAAUUACAAGAUCAAGUAAAAAUGCAAAUCAAUGAUGCAAAGAAAACAGAAAAGAAGAAGAAAAAAAGACAGGAUAUUUCUGUUCAUAAAUUAAAGUUGUAAUAUAUUUUGUAUAUAAUAUAAAUAUUAACAUGUAAUGUUACAUUCUUUGUUCUGUUUUGAAAUAAAGUUUUUGACAACUU